AUGUCGACUACCGAAAACGUUCCCGAAGACCCAUUUGCGGAUUUCCAGUGGAAGAAUUCCGAGGUUUCGGAGAUGCGAAAAGGGAUAGAGAAGUGGAAGCCUGCACAGACGGCAACCCGCCGGACAAUCGAGAAAAACUUGGUGGAGGUCUUUCUGCAGCGGCGGGGGCUUGACACCCCGUUCUUGGCGGGCUUCGUGCAAAAGAAAUGUUCGCUGUGGUUCAGCAACCACACUGCCGACCGCCAGGAGGGAACACCGGACUGGUGCGGUCUCAGGCUGUUCACCGGCCGCGGCCUCUGGUACAGUAAGCAUUUCAAAGACGUUGAGGAGAAGGCGGGCAAGGACGCCAGUUUUGGCAUGAAGAACAGCCAGGCGGCGGAGAUGUGGAAGAAACUUGACGAGGAGGAGCAAGAGGAGUGGCUGGACUUGGCUGCCGAGUACAACACGAAGCCACCGCCUCCGGACUUUCAGCGAGACUACGCAAACAAGAAUAUGGUCCACAUCGUCGAAGAGUUCAUCAAAUUCAUGUUCCGCGUUUGUGGUGCCGCGGUCUUUGUAUACACCACCCGCCCAGCUAUUGGCGGUCAGGUCAAUACGCAUUUCGACGACACCACACAGUACAUGGAGACGGCCGACGCCUUGCAAAAGCACCAACUCUGGGACACGAACACGAAGGUGGCCUGCUUGGAGACCUUCAGUAGGCUGCUCGGCAUGAUCGGUGAUGCCGACCCUCCGGCGCUCAGAGACCAAAACCUAUUCCGUCGGCAACGGCGGGAUCGCUCAUCCACCGUGGCAUUCAAACACAUGUACGGUCUACCGCAGCCAUUUCACUCUAGUCACAAUGGCAAGAAGAUGACGAGCAAAGAAGUUUACGCCCACGGUUGCGACUUUUUCCGGCUCCAUCUCAGCCUUGCCACUGGGGACGGUGUGCUGCUCAACUCUGUCCCAUGGAGCACCAUUAAACCGGAACUCGAAAAGUACAUCCCAGAAGACUAUUUAACGUCCGAAUUCAAGGAUAAGUUCGACUGCAUGAGCAAGAUGUCGAUCAAGGCUCAGAAUAACUGGUUCCAGUACAUCCUCCAGACAGAGGCGUCAUUGCCGGCACCGGAAGAUUACGCUGAGCCUGGCCCGGGGGAGGUGUUUCAAGUUCCGGAGGGCCGCUUUCACCUCUUGCGCGGACUGCACAAGCCCACCGCUGAUCAUAUCCCCGGUCAGUACCGAGCACUGUAUGUGGACGACGUUACCGAGAGCGUUUCCGGAAACGGUGCCGAAGCUGGUCCGUCCAAAAAGUCUAGGCGGGGCGGCAAGUCCAAGAGGAACACGGAUGGCGAGUAUUCCACCGGGAAGCGUACGAGUCGUAAACGGGGCAAGAUGGCGAAGCGCAAGGGCAAGGGCAAAGGGAAGGGACCCUCCUCCUCCGACGAGGAGAACGACAACUUCUUCGAGAACGAGGCUGAUAAGGAGGACCGAGAAGAGGACGAGUUCGAAGAGCUCCAAUCUGGUGAUGGUGAUCACGACGAGUCCGGGGACGAUACCGACAGUGACAAGGAGGGUCGGAAGAACGAGGAGGAAGACGAGGAUGGCGACGGCGAUGAGGUUCGGAAGUCGCUCGAGGACACCGGCAUUGACGAGACACCCACUGCUGCGUCGGAAGACUAUGACGGCCCAGGGUACGUCGACGUGAGGACACCACCGCCGUCAGGCCUCCGUUCGCCGGUUGUGCGUCGAACAACCGUACUUCCGGCGGAGCGUCCGGCACCGUAUGGUGUCAAACCCGGCGGGGUCGUCCCGUUCCUCGAGAGCUUGUGCGCCGAGACGCAGUACCAGAACCUCCUGACCCGUGUAGCCAAGGCGCUCGAGACGAAGGUGGACAUUCCACCCAUUCCAGCCGCUCCGUGGGCAACAUGGGCUAACGUCCACGGGUUUGUUGGCCAUGAUCUCUACAACGACGCACAAGAGGUGGUCCGACUGCUCGACUGGAUCGGCGAUCAAUCGGUCCGCGAGGAUCUUGACCGCGUCUCGGUGCAAAGGAUCUGCUUGGUGUUCGGACUCCUCGCCCGAGACUCCCGUCAAGCGAACGACUUCCGAGAAGAGUCCCCUCCGCCGGAAUUCGACAGCGGAGAUGAUUUCGGGCAGAGCGCCUUGACACUAUUGCGUUGCGGCGCAGGUAAUCUCCUCAAAGGAUCCUUCCCCGAGCGCAUGAAUGUCCUCUGCGAUAUGAUGGAGCUGACGCUCGAAGCUGGGUGGAAGCCGAAACGGACCGGUCCGAUGCCACGCCCAGUGAAGAAGAAGGGGAAAGCUGCGGACAACGGUGCUGGACCAUCCUCCUCGACAUUGCCCGGCAAUGGAACAACCGACGAAACCGAGGGAACCACCGGCACGAAGGUUGCGGGGGCUGCGCCCAAGCAGCUUCAACAACCACCGGUAUAG